CUGUCCCGCCCCGUCGCCGCCGCCGCCGCCGCCCGCCAUGAACCGAUUCUUCGGGAAAGCCAAGCCCAAAGGGCCGCCGCCCAGCCUCACCGACUGCAUCGGCACGGUGGACAGCAGGGCCGAGUCGAUCGACAAGAAGAUCGCGAGGCUCGACGCGGAGCUGGUGAAGUAUAAGGAUCAGAUCAAGAAGAUGCGAGAGGGACCCGCCAAGAACAUGGUGAAGCAGAAGGCCCUGCGGGUGUUAAAGCAGAAACGGAUGUACGAGCAGCAGCGGGAUAAUCUGUCGCAGCAGUCUUUUAAUAUGGAGCAGGCCAAUUACACCAUCCAGUCUCUGAAGGACACCAAAACUACGGUCGACGCUAUGAAAUUGGGCGUGAAGGAGAUGAAGAAAGCGUACAAGCAAGUCAAGAUCGAUCAGAUCGAGGACAUACAAGACCAGUUGGAGGAUAUGAUGGAGGACGCAAACGAAAUUCAGGAAGCACUGAGCCGGAGUUACGGAACGCCGGAGAUCGACGAGGAUGAUCUGGAAGCGGAACUGGAUGCGCUGGGCGACGAGCUUUUAGCGGACGAAGACACCUCUUAUUUAGACGAAGCGGCGUCCGCCCCGGCCAUUCCGGAAGGAGCGCCUACCGACGCGAAAAACAAGGACGGCGUCCUGGUCGAUGAGUUCGGUUUGCCGCAGAUCCCCGCCACGUAGACCCGCGUCUCCGACCCGCACGUCAGCUGGCCGACCCCUUUAUGCGAUCGAACGGAAACGCUUUUGGAAACCGGGAAACGCUCCGCCUUUCUACGGCCACCGCAGCGUCUCUGACGUCUCCGUACCGAGGUCUCUUCGGCUGAAUUAUCGAUCGGGGG